GAGGAUGGCAUGACCUGGUGGUACAGGUGGCUCUGCAGGAUCGCCGGGGUCAUCGGGGGCAUGUCCUGUGCCUUCGCUGGUCUCUGGAACUGUGUCACCAUCAACCCCCUGAACAUCGCAGCUGGCGUGUGGAUGAUGUGA